ACCGACCCCAUUAGAAAAGGCAACCUGCAUAUGCUUGCUCUGCCACAUCCACUCUAUCUCACUGAAUUUCAUCAUCUCCUACACCAACCACUCUCCAAUCUCCAUUUCUUGCUUCAUAAGUACUCGAUCUCUCACUAGCUCUAGCUACCUCCUCCCUCCUCCUCAUCUUGCUCAGCUCCGGCCAUGGCGGCGUCACCGGCUUUCCUCGUUCUUGCCGUGCUUCUGUGCGCGGCGGCGGCGGUGGCGCGGGCGGCGGACGACGGCGCGGCGGGGAUGACCAAGUUCAAGGUGUACUUCCACGACGUGGUGGGCGGGACGAAGCCGACGGCGAUCAGGGUGGCGCAGGCGGCGUCGACGAACGGCUCCUCCACCUUCUUCGGCGCCGUGGUGGCCAUCGACGACCCGCUGACGACCGACGCGGCGUCGUCGUCGUCGGAGGUGGGGCGCGCCCAGGGGAGCUACACGUUCGCCGACCAGAAGACGUUCGGCCUCCUCAUGAACAUGAACUUCGUGUUCACCGCCGGCGACCACAAGGGGAGCACCCUCGCCAUCGUCGGCCGGAACGAGGUGCUCUCGGCGGUGAGGGAGAUGAGCAUCGUCGGCGGCUCCGGCAAGUUCCGCAUGGCGAGGGGCUACGUCGAGGCCCGCACCGUCGACUCCGGCGCCAACUCCGGCGAGACCAUCGUCGAGUACACCGUCUUCGUCAAGGCGUAGAGAAGAGAGAUCUACCUGCAAAUUAAAACGCUACUGGCAAUUAUUGAGCGCCGUGUUUGUACGUGCUUAAUUAAUUGAUUAGUCUUUUCAUUCCGAGUGCAUUAAAUAUUGUUUAUCAUCAUCUUUGGUUGAUUUUCUGAUUGGGUUUCAGUUGAUCUAAUUGGAGGGCGAAUCGAUUUUGUUUGAAUAAA